GGAUGCUAAUCUCAUGCUAAUGAGCGGCUGCUUCUGCCACCGCUGCCACCACCACCACCGCCGCUCCGAGGCUGAGCCGGGCUCUCCCCCGCCCCAGAUCGGAACCCAGUCAACGCCUCGCCUCGACCCCCUGACCCGCUGCUUCUACUAGGGAAUAGGGGUAGUAGGCGGAGGUUCCACUUCAGACAUGGUGGACUGAAACUCAGGAGUUUUCUGGCCGAUUGCAAGACUUUGCCUCCCUCCAGCCGCCUAGGGCUCCGAGGAGGGGGGGUUCUUUCUUUCUUUCUUUCUUUCUUUCUUUCUUUCUUUCUUUCUUUCUUUCUUUCUUUCUUUCUUUCUUUCUUUAUGGAGAAGCUAUCCCCCGCUCUCGACCAUGCCUAGAAAAGUGGGGAAUGGGCAGCUGCCCUUACCCGAUGGCUGGGAGGAGGCGAGGGAUUACGAUGGGAAAGUCUUCUAUAUCGACCACAACACCAAGCAGACCAGCUGGAUCGACCCCAGAGACAGGUUAACAAAGCCAUUAUCCUUUGCAGACUGUGUUGGAGAUGAGCUACCAUGGGGAUGGGAAGCUGCAUACGAUCCUCAGAUUGGUGUCUACUAUAUCGACCACAUAAACCAAACCACACAAAUAGAAGAUCCAAGAAAACAAUGGAGGCAAGAACAAGAGAAAAUGCUAAAAGAUUAUCUUACAGUAGCACAAGAUGCACUCAGCACUCAAAAAGAACUGUACCAUGUGAAAGAACAGAGACUAGCGCUUGCUUUGGAUGAAUAUGUGCGAUUAAAUGAUGCUUACAAGGAGAAGUCAAGCUCUCAUAUGAGCUUAUUCUCAAGCUCCUCUUCCAGCACUAAGUAUGACCCUGAUAUUCUGAAGGCAGAAAUCUCCACUACAAGAUUAAGGGUUAAAAAGCUGAAGAGAGAACUCUUGCAGAUGAAGCAAGAAUUACUGUAUAAGGAGCAAGGCUAUGAAACAUUGCAACAAAUUGACCAAAAAAUGUCUGGAGGCCAGAGUGGAUAUGAACUAAAUGAAGCCAAAGCCAUUGUGAAUGAACUAAAAUGUAUCAGAAAGGCUAUUAGCUCUGGUGAGAAGGAGAAACAGGAUUUAAUCCAGAGCCUUGCAAAGUUGAGAGGGAGGUUCCUUCUCAGUCAAACUACUGGCAAAGCAGAACCAGAUUUGAGAUGCAGCCCAGCACACUCUCAACUCUCUCUCUCAAGGCAGACUUUGGACACAGGCUCUCAGACAGACAUUUCUGGGGAUGUUGAUGUCAGAAAUAUGUCCAAUUUAGCUGAAAAGGUCAGACUGAGCCUUAAGUAUGAAGAAGCCAAAAGAAGAAUGGCAAACUUAAAGAUAGAACUGUCUAAGUUAAAAAGUGAACCUUGGCCUGGGGCAUUGGAUAUUGAGAAGGAAAAGCUGAUGUUGAUUAACGAAAAGGAAGAGCUUCUGAAAGAACUUCAAUUUGUCACCCCAUGUAAACGCACUCAAGAUGAAUUGGAGCAUCUGGAAACAGAAAGGAAAAGGCUGGAAGAGGAGCUAUCUGUGAAAAGCACACCUAGUGACGAACUUACAGAGAGGCUAAAACUGGAAGAGAGAAGGAAUAAAUUAUUUAAAAAACUUGAAGAAAUUAGUCAACUAACUACUAACUUGCAUUUGCAGCUUAAAAGUCUCUCAGCCAGUACAUUAUCUAUGUCUUCAGGGAGCAGCCUGGGGUCCCUGGCAUCCAGUCGAGGGUCCUUGAAUACAUCCAGCAGGGGAUCACUAAAUUCCCUUAGCUCUGCAGAUCUUUAUUAUAACCAAGGUGAUCAACUUACAGACUUAGACUAUCAGUAUAAACUGGACUUUAUAUUGCAAGAGAAAUGUGGUUAUAUUCCUUCAGGCCCUAUUACCACAAUUCAUGAAAAUGAGGUCAUCAAUUCACAUGGGAGAAUGGGAUAUAGUGAUUCUUCCAGCUCUUUGGCAGGAAACCAUACUCCCAAAUUAACUGAACCUCCAAAAUCUGUGACGUCGCUGUCUUCAAGAUCCUCCCUUUCUUCAUUGUCCCCUCCUGGAUCCCCUUUGGUUUUGGAAGGUGCAUUCUCAAUGCCUCCUCAAGACUCUCCCUUGCACCAUCUCACCACAGACUUUGAGGACUGUGAUUUACCUAGUGACUUUGCAGGCAUUAGCCUCUGUGGGAACCAAACGUUGUUGGACUCUGAAACCAGACUAUCUUCUCUUUUGCCUGCGGAUGAUAAAGACCUCAAUGAAAGUGUCAGGCAGACCAUGUCACCUUCAAGAAAUACAGGUGUUGUCUUACCAAGAAGAACAGUAAGCCACUUGCUUGAGGAGAAGGCAGGGUGUGUAUCUGCUGCACUAUCUGAUGAGUCCGUGGCUGGAGACAGUGGGGUAUAUGAAGCUUCUGUAAAACAACCAAAUGAUAGUGAAGACGUUGCAUAUAGUGAAGAUGAUACAACAGUUGUAGAAACACUUCAGGUACAAAUAGGACUCAGAUAUGAUACAAACAGUUCAAGUUUUGUGAUCAUUGUGGGGCAGUUACAAAAUCUUCAUGCCCUUUCUGUAUCCCUUGGCUCCAAAGUGUAUUUUAGAGUUGCAGUUCUGCCAUCCUCAGCUGACAUCAGCUGUCUAUUCCGCACGAAAGUCCAUUCUGCUGCUGAAACUCUUUUUUUUAGUGAGAUGUUUAGAGUUGCCAUUUCCCAGGCAUCUUUGCAUCAGAAGACUUUGAGAGUGGAUGUCUGCUCUGUCAGUAAAAGUCGUCGGGAAGAAUGCCUUGCUGGAACUCAGAUAAGCCUGGCAGACCUGUCCUUUUCAAGUGAAACUUCUACUGUGUGGUAUAAUUUGCUAGCCUACAAGCAGGUUCCUGGGAAAAAGAAUAAGGUGCAAAAGGAGGAUCCUGUAUUUGUACCAAACAGUGAGUCAUCUGACUCCUUGGACCUGGAUGCUGUAUCAGCAUUACUGGAAAGGACAUCAGCAGAGCUGCAAGCAGUAGAACAAGAGUUGGCUGAGGAGGAAGAGGAAGAAGAGGAAGAAGAAAAAGAAAAGGAUGUGCAGGAGUCACAGCAUGCUAAAGAAGACUGUCUAGGAAUACUGGCAGAGGCAUCCAGUGAGAUUGUGACAGAAGAUGCGUACAAUGUUAAAGGGGCAGAGGAAAGCGGAUAUGCAGAUCAUAACAGAUUCUGUCCUAAUUUGGUAGAGGAAGAUGAAAUCAAGAAUGGGAAAGACAGAAAAUGUUCAGAUGCGUGUCACAAUGAGCAAACAGCAGUACCACCCAUACUGGUUGAUAAGGAAACUAACACAGAAGACAGGCAUGAGAGUGUGGCUGUACGACCCAAGGACAGAGCCAGCCUCAAGUCUCAACAACAUCCCUUUGUCAGGAACAGCAUGAUAGUGCGCUCACAAACUUUCUCUCCAGGGGAACGGAACCAAUACAUCUGUAGGUUGAAUCGAAGUGAUAGUGACAGCUCAACAUUGGCCAAAAAGUCCCUCUUUGUGAGAAAUGCCACAGAACGACGGAGCUUGAGAGUAAAAAGGCCUGCCUGUCAGCCUAGCAUGCGAAGAGCAACACAAGAGCGCCCUGUUCGCACUUCUCUUGACUUGGAGCUGGAUCUCCAGGCUUCUCGUACACGACAGAGCCGCCUGAACGAUGAACUGCAGAUGCUCCGUGACCUGAAGCAGAAGCUUGAGGAGAUGAAAGCAAGAGGCGAGACAGAGCUUACUCCAUGUGUGUUGGAGGAUGAAAGGUUCCAAAAGCUCUUGAAACAAGCUGAAAAGCAGGCUGAACAAUCAAAGGAGGGGAAAAAACAGGGUUUAAGUGCUGAAAAAUUGAUGCGGAAAGCAUCGAAGGAUGUGUGCCGCUUGCGAGAGCAGAGCCAGAAUGUGCCGCUGCAAGUGCAGUCAUUCAGGGAGAAGAUUGCAUACUUCACAAGAGCAAAGAUCAGCAUACCAUCUCUGCCAGCCGAUGAUGUCUAACUGUAUUUUCCCCACAAUGUGUUUUUCUACUUGUUCAUCUUUUUUAUUUUAAGAUGACAGUUAGUAUAGUUCUAUGAUUUUAAAACCUACUGUUUUACAUCCAAACCUAGAUAUUGUUUAUAAGAAAUACAGUACAUUAUGUGGUGGUAUAUAUUAUGCACUGGUAGAUUUUAUAUAUAUAUAAAUAUAAAGGCAAGAAGAAGCCCUCUCUCUUUUCCCCUGCCCAAAUCUCCCAUGCCAGAAAACCAAAGUAGAAUAUUUCUGGUACACUGAUGCUAAUUUUGUACAGUUUAUAUGUAUUACAGAUAUGCUUUUUUUUUGUAAAGAUGGAUCUAAGGAACAAAGGCAGUACCAAGUGUGUAUAUCCUGUUGAACUGCACUGUGUUGAGAAAUAUUGUGUUCAACAGUAGGUUUGUUUCACUGUUUUUUCAUAAGAGCAGACUGUGAAGAUGGCCAUUAGGCCAUGCAAUAUUUUUGUACAAAGUGUGACUUUUUGUGGUUAGUAACAAACACAUGUCCUCUUCCAAAACAGCAAGACUGCCUCAUACAAACAGGUGCUGUUUAGAUUUCUGUCACCUACAUUGGAACUUUCACCUCUGAACCCAUUGUUUCCUUUCUGUCUUGGUAUGAAGGAAAAGCUGUGGGGUGCCAGGUUGCAGGAGUAUCCUUUUGUGAAUGUACAGGACUUUGGACUGUGUUUGGGUUUUCUAGUCUCCUUUGCAUCUAAAAGCUGGGAGAGGUAAUAUGGGGCCUGUAACCUCAAAAUGUGUUUAUAAACUGAAACUCCCAAAGGGCAGCUGUUUUCUACAAUGGGACUCAGGUUCACACACAAAGUAUUUAAACCUGAGCACUAAAAAACUGAAAGCUAAAACUAAUCCUUAGACAUAACAUUGUAUGUUUAGUUCUACAGCCAGAAGUCUAUAGGAAAAGUCAAGUUUAUAAAGCCCAAACAAGACCAGACCAAUUUUCAAAGAAAUGGUCCUUAGGAAAUUCAUUAACCCAAGUACCAAAUAUAUAUGAUGUUGUUGUUAGUAUAGAAAUUCUUUCCAAGAAAACCCAUCAUAUGGAGCACUUAAAGGUGUGUGUUUAAUUAUGGCAUAAUAAGGAAUAAGCAUGGUCAAGGUAUCUAUGGAAUUAGAACCUUAGCUUGUUUAAACAGGAAUUUGUAUUGAUAUAAGGUAAAAGACAUCGUGAAUGUGAUUGUCAGAAUUUGAACUGGAAACAAAAUUUUCUGGUUAUUUCUCAAAUCGUCAUAUAUCUGCAAGUGUGUGUGAAUGUCACCUGGUAGCAAGGUGCUGAUGAAGUCUGAUGUCAUUAUAGUGGACUUGGCAGGCUCUGUCUAUCUUCAGUUUGGCGGCUGUUGUGAUGAGCAAUUCAGAGCAAGGUGCUUGAGAGAACUAGCAGCAGUGGGCGACUUUUGCUAAAUUGAGGCUGAAAUCCUAUGCACACUUAACUCAACAGGACCUCUGUGUAAGCCUCAUAAAUACUGUUUAUAGAUCAUGGACUUUCAGACAACAUUGUGCAAGGUGGUUGAAUUGUUCGGAUCCCUUUUGAUGAGCACAAACAAUGACUCCACUUAUGUAUAUGAGAUAUACAUAAACUAUAUAUGAAAUCCACUGAGAAAACAAAAGGACUUGAGAUAUUUGAAUACUGACCAUUUUGCAACAUAAUCAUAUAUUGACAUGUUGUAUUUUAUUCUGUCAGAAUGUAAUAGUCUUACUGAAAGAUUAGGAAAACUUAACUACAGUAUGCUUGUUGCAAUCUUUGGAAUUACUGGUGGGGGGAAAAACUUGUGCCUUAAUUUAUUUUUGUAAAUGUCCCCAAGGGUUCUUUUAUUAUGCAGAAAUCUGUGUAAUUAUUCAGAUCUUUAAACAUUACUUCAGACCUAGAGGUAGUCAGUAAACCUAACUGUGCCUGAUAUUUCAUGGAUGCCCCUUUUUGUUUUACCUCUGCUUUAGACCUAAUCUAAACACAUAUAUGCCAUUCAUUCAGAUGAGGUCAAUCUCUAAAAGCUAAACUUUCAAAUUAUUUAAUAUAGAAAUGACGUUUGACUGUUUCAGCUUCUCAGUUUGACAAUAUAAAUGUUUGUAGAAAUUAUGUAUUGAGUUGUACCUUGUGAUUUAUUUAUUUUCAGUUUUAUUUAUGUACUGCUUAAUAUAGUUCAGUUCUGGCCAUUUAAAAUUUACGGGUGAAGAAAAGCUACUGUGAGAAAUGUAUACAUCUUUCUAGUUUUUUAGUGGACAAGCUGUUCAUACACACAGAGAGACAUAAUUUCAAAGGGAACCAAGAAGGAUUCUUUAAGAAAUCAUGAAUAUUGGCAGUAAUAAUAACGUUGUUGGUAGUUCUGCAAAUCUUGCUCAUUUAUAAAAUGAGAGAAAUAUUCAGUGCAUUAAUACAUCCUCAGACCACAGUAAUAUAAACUCAUUUGUAGGAAUACAUUUUGAACAGUUUUGAGUUGGCUGGUUGGUUUUUUUAAAUAAUCCAGUAUAUUUACAGUAAUGAAAUAACAGACAAUGAUGAGACAACUUUGAAAACUAUGAAUAUGGGCAAAUGCCAGUCAAGUUUCAAGCGAUACAGAUAUUGCUUUUUAUUGUAGAAUUUACCCUUCACAGGAUAGAAGAAAUGUAACCAUCCUUGUGUUCACAUUGUCAAUAUGUUAAUACAAUUCUGUAUAUCAAAUAUUAAGCAUUACAGGUACAAGACAAUAUUAAUUGUUUAGCCAAAUGAACAAAUUAUAGCAAAUCAUCUAUAGAAUGAAAAUCAGAUUUCAACUUUUUGCCUUAUUGUUACAUGUAAGUAUAAAUGCUCAGGACUGAACUAAAUAUUUAAUCAGGUUAUAUCACAAAUGUCUUUCUGUGCUAAUAUUACCUGUAAACGUGCAUAUGUACAUCACCUACAUUAACUUUCAU